GACUCCAACCAGGCCCAGACAGCAUAGCUAAAAAUGAUGGGAGUUGCAGUCUGAAACAUCUAGGAUUCACCAGCACAAGUCUACGGCGACCUACAGCGGAAACACUACGCUUCCGCCCACAGGAAAGAUGGCGUCACGCUCUUCACGCCCGCCGAAGACACGUUUUACGCUACGCCGGGGUUCUGCGAUAGGCCAGAGGUGAGGAUGACGUCACACUGACAAAGGAAGGCGGCGACACCAAGCCGGCUUUUUGUUCAGUUUGAGGCGGGGACUGGAAGUAGAACAUCCGGGGUGUCUCAGAAGAGGAGAGGAGAGAGCCUCAUGCUACUUUUCCGGCCCUUCUGGAACCUCCUGAGCAGGAACAUGAACUACCACGAAGAGGAACUGCGGGCCGCUGGGAAACGGGUGCUGGUAGCAGGACUGGGCAAUCACGGUCUGUGUGGUACCCGCCAUAGCGUGGGAAUGGCUGUCCUUAAUCACCUGGCUACCAAGCUGAGUGUGGCUGACCAGUGGAGAAAGAACCAGCAGUGCUGUGCGGAUGUGGCAUUUGCCAGUCUGGGGAACGUGGAACUGGUGCUGAUGAAACCUCGCAGGUUCAUGAACAUCAAUGGCCGCUGUGUAGCUGGUGCUGCGGAAAUGUUCCACCUUGGCCCUGAGGAUAUUUACCUGGUUCACGAUGACCUGGACAAGCCCUUGGGGAAGGUCGCACUCAAGCUGGGAGGCAGCGCAAGAGGUCAUAACGGAGUCCGUUCCUGCUGCGACUCUCUGCGCUCUGACCAUAUGGUCCGACUCAGGAUAGGCAUUGGCCGCCCAGUGGGGGAAGUCGCUGUGGACCGCUACGUGCUGGGCAGGUUCACCAGGGCUGAACAAGAGCUGUUACCGCCAGUCUUUGAGCAGGCAGUCGCAAUCCUGCUCGGACACAUCCAGCAGAGAGCCGGCACCCCGGAUACCCCCGCUACCUCUGGGGAACCAGUCAAGGGCCCUCUUGAGACAGAGGGUGCGUAGCGGGAUUUAAAGCUUUCGGCACUUACGAGCCUGUGUCCACAGAAAGCAAGUCGUUUGGGGGCCUUCUGUUGACAGGACAGAGUUUGUGGGGAAUGGGCCUGGGCACGCGUGCUGUUAGCAGGUCUGAGAAUGACUGGGGUGUGAGAUGGGCAGGGAAUGCCCAAGAGUACUGCUGGAUAGCGAGUGGGAUUGUGACCCCCCAGAGCUAAGCAAAUGGGGACAGAAGUUGUCAGAGGAAGAGGGAGCUUAAGGCUGUGGCUAUCCCAUGCACCAGCGAGCUUACCCUGCAUUAGCAUAAUCAGUUGAUAUGUGAAACUCCCCCAGAUUGCGGCUAUCAUACAAAACAGUGUUCCUAGCCCUUAUGAAAGUUACGCUUGAAAAUAUGUCGGCAGUACCUUGUUGCCAUCUCUGAUGGGUUUGGAGGGCGGGGGCUUCCGCGCUUUGCUUAGUUCCUUGUCUCUCUGUGACGGAAGAACAAAUUGUGCAAAAUAGGAAAAUGCACGUUGACUUUGCAUAAUUUAUUCAUUUCCCCCCCUCAGGACAUCAAGUCAGGGUGGGAGUGAUCUGUUUGUGGCACUGAAGCCCACUGCUUAAUAUUCCGGAGGUAGUCAUGGGGUAGGGGGGAUGGUUUCCUAAGCGUUGCCUUUCCGAAACCUGACCGUUGAUUAAAGUGGAGGAUUCCUGUC